CUCUUCAGUUGUUGCUUGCAUUGCAUUUGGCGUUGACGUUGCUGUGGGUUUUGUGUUGGCAAACAAGUGUACGUGUUUAGUUUAAAUUAGUGUUACCAGAAAAUUUCUUCCUUCGAUUGAGAAUAAACGUAAAAUAGCCACUGUAUAUGUUGCGUAAAUUAUGGCAACUCGGAAUACGCAAGAGCAAGGCAACUAAUUUUUCUUAAUUAAUUUCAAUGAAGUGAAGUGAAAAAAUAAUAUCGUGCAGCAUUUGACUUAAAUAUGGUGUGAAUUAUUUAAUGUUUUUUAGCAAAACAAAACUCCCAAAAUUGAAUUCAGUUGACAGGUGUGAAGUAGAAUGGAUAUUUAGUUAAUGGAACAAUAGUAGAAGUCAAUUGAAGAGAGCGUAAAACAUAUGCCAUACAAUUCUGACACUAAUCUUUCUCUUUCACUAUUUCACGCGGAAGCCGAUAAUAAUCAAAUGUAAUAAUAAAGAAGUGAAGGAUAUUAAAAAGAAAAAUACUUAAUUUAGCAUUAGAUCUACGUUGCACAACAUUGAAACGAGCGUGCCUUACUCUUUUUACUACGUGUUAUUUUUGUUAUACAUAAAUACCUUAAGAUGUUAUUUUCUUUAUGAAGACACAUAAGCUGAAACAAGUAGUUGAGGGAAAGUCAAAUAUAAAUAAAUUCAGUGCUCCCAUAGCAGUAAUUGAAAAAGUAGUUGCAGUUUAAUAAAACCUAUUUAUGUAUAUUUCGCGCGUUAAUUUGUAGCGAAUGAAUUGUGUGGAAUACGAAAAUUCAACUUGACACACAUCAUCAGUAAAACCUUUUGUUGGAACAAUUGGCAUCGAUAAGCACAAACAUCUCCACAUUCAAUAUGGCUUCAAAUGGUACAUUUUCAAAAAACACCGAACAAAAUGACGAACCAACUGCGAGUUCUUCAACGAAUUCACCGCGAAGUAGCACAUCUCGUCCGCAACAUCAACCAUUUGUCAUACCCAAUGAGGGCACAUACCUGAAGCCAGCAGCUAAACAGGCAUAUUUCAGCGAUGAAAAGGUGCUAAUUCCACAGGCUGAUCAAACCAGCUUCAGUUUUCGCAAAUUAUGGGCGUUCACUGGUCCUGGGUUUCUCAUGUCCAUAGCAUACUUGGAUCCGGGCAACAUAGAAUCGGAUUUACAGAGCGGAGCUGCAGCUAAGUACCAAAUCUUAUGGGUGCUUUUAUGGGCGACGGUUUUGGGUUUAUUAAUGCAGCGCUUGGCUGCGAGAUUGGGUGUUGUAACAGGCCUACAUUUGGCGGAAAUGUGCUAUCGACAAUACAGAAGAUUUCCACGUGUGAUAUUAUGGAUAAUGAUAGAAAUCGCAAUUAUUGGAUCGGACAUGCAGGAAGUGAUUGGUACGGCAAUUGCCAUUUACCUGUUGUCAAAUAAAAUUGUUCCACUGUGGGGUGGUGUACUGAUAACAAUCGUCGAUACGUUUACAUUUUUAUUUCUGGAUAAAUAUGGUUUGAGAAAAUUAGAGUUCUUUUUUGGCUUACUCAUCUCAAUCAUGGCGAUUACCUUCGGUUAUGAGUAUAUCGUCUCAGCGCCAAGUCAAGUUGAAGUGUUGGAAGGAAUGUUUGUGCCAUGGUGCAAGGAUUGCAAUGAAAAUGUCCUGCUGCAGGCUGUGGGUAUAGUGGGCGCUGUGAUAAUGCCCCACAAUCUGUAUCUACAUUCUGCCUUAGUCAAAUCUCGUGAUAUUGAUCGACGACAACCGAAAAAAGUUAGCGAGGCAAAUUUUUAUUUCUUUAUCGAGGCGUCGGUAGCGCUUUUCGUGUCCCUCAUUAUAAAUCUUUUCGUAGUUGCAGUCUUUGCGCAUGGCAUGUAUGGUAAAACCAAUCAAGAUGUGCUUGAUGUUUGCGUCAACAAAACAAUGUAUGAUGAUGCAAAGGCAUCAUUUACGGACGCUCAUAAUAAUACAGAUCUCAUCGAUGCUGAUAUCUACAAAGGUGGCUUAUUCUUGGGUUGUACUUUCGGUGCUAUGGCCAUGUAUAUAUGGGGCGUUGGCAUUUUAGCUGCGGGUCAGAGCUCUACUAUGACCGGUACCUAUGCAGGACAGUUUUCAAUGGAAGGUUUCUUGAAUUUGCAAUGGCCACGUUGGCGUCGUGUGCUCUUCACACGUUUAAUUGCCAUUAUACCAACAUUCUGUUUGGCAUUCUUUACUCGUAUGGAAGACUUGACACAUUUGAAUGAUAUUUUGAAUGCAGUGAUGUCUUUACAAUUGCCUUUCGCCGCCAUACCAACAAUAGCAUUCACUUCAUGUGUGGCCAUAAUGAGUGAAUUUGUUAAUGGAGUCACCAACAAGGUUAUAUCUAUACUGCUAACGAUUGUUGUAAUUACGGUGAACAUCUACUUCGUUGUCGUGCAAGUGGAAACGGCUGCGCUGGAGGGUGGUUUAUUAGGCUUAGUUUGCAUAGUUGGCGUUUUAUAUCUGCUUUUUAAUCUAUACCUUGUGAUACAUAUGAUCGCCUUCAUGGGCAAUCAAAGAUUUAUGAAUAAUCGGUGGAUCCAGAGGUUCGUGCUUCCCAGUCAGAAUAGUUUUGCGAUAAAGAAUGCCAAUUCAAGUUAUGCAAGAAUUUCUCCAAACGUUGAUCAGGAAAACGAUGUUCCUUUCGGCGAGGAGGAAGAUGCAUAGCCACUACUGUGUGGCAUUGAGUGUAGCAGCGAUGACAGCGACGAUGAUACUUUAUUUGUGAGCAGAAGUGAAGCAAAUAGUCACGGCUGUUCCAGCAUCAUUAGCUAGCAUAGCAAAGAUUAUUUUUAUAAUUGUUUUAGCUUUAUUUUUAGAGAUUCCAACAUCAACACCCACAUACAAGUUCUUAUGUUAGCUAAAUUCGUUUUCCGAUCAUAAUCAUGCAUUGGGGGGUAUUCUCGAUCUGCAGCAUAUAUGCGCUGCAUGGCGCUUAUAUAAUUCCAAUUUAUUAUCGUUUCUGUUUUAUGUAUUCAAAUAUUUAUUAUGCUUUCUUUUCAUAUUAUAUUGCUAUAGUGAACGACAAGUAUUUUAUUGGCAAACUUUCUGUAACUUUCUUUAUGACAAAAGUAUAAAAAAUACCUCGAAAACUAUUUUAUGUUAAAUGUUAAAUUUUAAAGGCGAACAUUCUGGUUUUGUUGAAAUAUUGUAUUUCUUCUUCUAUCUGAACACAAUGUAUUGGAAAGAACAAGAAACCAUUAGAUAAUUUCACAUUUUCAAUAGCUCUUUGACACACACCCCGAUUAGAUGAAUAAUUUAAACAUGCAAGGAUUUUAUUUUCCUUUUUGCUCUCAAGCCACGGAUCGAAAAUACCUCAACUGCAAUGAAAAAUAGUGAGGUAACGAAUAGAAAAAAAAAAAUAAUUGGUUCAAAUAUUUUUACAUGAAAAAGUACAACAGUCACAGCAUAAAUAUCAUUGGUACUUUAAAAUAAUUUUUAAUGCAUUUAGAUGAUUUAUUAUUGCACACAUGUAUGAAAUCUGGUGGCCUUAAUCUAUGUUUACAUAUGUGAGAUUUCUAGCUUGGAUUAUUUGAUUUCCGAAAAAGAGUUUUUCUCCUCAAUAUUCUAGCAUUUUGAUUUGAUAUGAUUUGAAAAUAUUAUUUGAAUUAUUCCUAUUCUGAAUAGGCACUACAAAAUGGUAAUGAUGCAAAAACUUAUAACGGAUCGCUCAUCAACCAAUUGGUAAUAUUUUAGGACUUCCAUCCCUUCUUGCAACCAAAGGUGGCCAUUCCUGUCAGCCCUGCCUCCCUUGGCCGAUGGAGUGUGACACUGAUUUUUGUUGUCUACCACAUAAUUGGGCCUUACUUUUUUCGAAAGCUAUCGAGCGAUGAUUAAUGAUUUUUAUGGCCGACAUUGGAAUGUAUAAGUCUGGGCAACGUUUACUUUAUAUUUUUUGGAAACUCCGUUAUUUCGGAGCAUACCUCUCACGAUUCUCCAAUGCCAAAAUGUCACUAUAUUCAUGGAAGGUAUAUAGACUUCAUGUAUAUAUGAACAAAGCUGCUCUCUCUCUUGAUUUUUUAAAUGAAAUUUCCAUUCCUUUUUUGCAUUUAAAAAGUAAGUAGUAUUCGAAUAGUCUAUAUGUACUUUUUCGCAGGCUCUAUUCGUUCCAAAAUUUUAUUUUUUUAAUGUAUUGAACAUAAAUUACAUAGUACUAAAGACAUAUCACUCAUUCUAGCGAAUAAUCUUACAUAUGUGAACAUAUUUUUAUGCCAAUGACUGCGAGGAAAUACUGUUAUUCUUAUAUAAUAUCACUGUAGUUGGCUUUGAGUAGGAGAAAAUUCAAAAUUAAAAGACACUAACUCUGUUCGGUGAGAAAUUGUCAAAAUGGCGCUCAAAUGUUGCAAAAUGUACUUUUUCUAUGCCGCACGAACGCGCAUCAGUAAAAAUUGUUAAUGCCCAUCAGCUCACCGAACGGAACUAUUAUUUACUUGAACUAAACGCUUUUUAAAAAAUUUGAGUUCGUUGAUAUUUAAAUGUAAAAGCAAACUAUUUAUAUACUAUACAUAAAAUUCCUUUAAAUUCCAAAAAUGAAAAUUAAUUUAUUGUUUUAUUUCCUAAUUGAUCUAUUGUAAAUCACUAUCUGUUUUAUUUGAUGUUGUUAAAAUUUAAUAGAACAUUAAUGUAUUUCAAAGACAAUUAAAAAUCUGUACAAAAAAAAAAAA